GCUGAUCCAGUGGGAGAUCGAUCCACUUCUGCCUCUGCCAUGGACACACCUGCUUUCAGCUUCCCCACACCCAUGGUACCAGAGGAGGGAAAUACCACAAUCAAUUGGAUAGAGCCCAUCUCAGGGAACUUAUCAAUAGCUGCCAGCCCAGGAGCUGUAAUUAGUGGAGUCCUCAUCCCGCUGGUCUAUCUCAUUGUCUGUGUGGUAGGGCUGGUUGGGAACUCCCUGGUUAUCUAUGUAGUCCUGUGCCACUCAGUUAGUGAGUCAGUGACCAAUGUCUACAUCCUGAACUUAGCCCUGGCAGAUGAGCUGUUCAUGCUAGGGCUGCCCUUCUUGGCUGCGCAGAAUGCACUGUCCUACUGGCCCUUUGGCUCCUUUAUGUGCCGGCUGGUGAUGGCUGUAGAUGCCAUAAACCAGUUCACCAGCAUCUUUUGUCUGACUGUGAUGAGCGUCGACCGCUACCUGGCUGUUGUCCACCCAGGGAAGUCAUCAAAAUGGCGGACGGCACGUGUGGCCAAAGUGGUUAGCACCACAGUGUGGGUGCUGUCAUCCGUGGUGGUGCUGCCUGUCGUAGUGUUCUCAGAUGUCCCCCUGGGGAUGAGUACCUGCCACAUCCAGUGGCCUGAGCCAGCCUCAGUGUGGAAAGCUGGCUUUAUCAUCUAUACAGCUGCCCUGGGCUUCUUUGGGCCACUGCUGGUCAUCUGCCUCUGCUAUCUUCUCAUUGUCAUCAAGGUACGGUCCUCUGGCAGGAGAGUGCAGGCCUUGUCAGCCAAACGCAAAUUAUCAGAGCGCAGGGUGACACGCAUGGUGGUGGCCGUGGUGGCCGUAUUUGUGCUCUGCUGGCUUCCCUUCUAUGUGCUCAACAUCAUCAACGUGGUCUGCCCAUUACCCGAGGAGCCAUCUCUCUUUGGCGUCUACUUUCUUGUUGUGGUGCUGCCCUAUGCCAACAGCUGUGCCAACCCAAUCAUCUAUGGCUUCCUCUCCUACCGGUUCAAGCAGGGCUUCCGCCGGGCCAUUCUGAGGCCCUCCCGUCGAGUGCAGAGCCAGGAGGUUGCAGCAUGUCCCCUGGAGAAGUCUGAAGAUGAAGAGGAGGAGGAGGAAGAAGAGGCAAGACGGGUCAGCAAGAUUGCCCAGAAUGGCAAUGGCCAGCAGGAGUGCCCCCUGAGCAGUGGAGCUGGAGGUAGCAGUGAACAGAAACCACUCCCAGAGGACCCUGUGAGCUGUGAGAAAACCAGUGUCCUGAACAUCAGUUACUUGUAG